AUGGUCCGUCGUCCCAUUGUCGCCAUCGCUGGCCUGGCGUGCGAAACAUCAACCUUCACCCCAUCACGGACUCUCGCCCCCGCAUUUCACCCCAGACGAGGUGACGAAAUCAUCCAACGAUACCAGUUCCUCCAUGCCGACCAGCCACUCGGCCAAGAUGCACAAUGGAAAGGGGCCUUGAUCGGACACGCGCUUCCCGGCGGUGUCGUAACUCGCGAUGCCUUCGAAAUACUGACCACCGAGAUCCUGCAUCGGCUUCAGGACAUCGUUGCCCGCAACAAACUAGAGGGACUAUGGUUUGACAUCCACGGCGCCAUGGUGGUAGAGGGCAUGGACGACAUUGAAGCAGAGCUCCUACGCCGGGUUCGCCGCGUCAUCGGCCCGCAUGUCAUUGUCUCUGCGUCAAUGGACCUUCACGGAAACGUGUCCAGGGAACUAGCGCACAUGUGCGACCUCAUUACCUGCUAUCGAAUGGCCCCUCACGAAGACGCAAUGGAAACAAAAGAGCGGGCGUGUCGGAACCUGGUCGACAUCUUAAAAUCGAAACCUCCGGGCGCGCGGCCACUAAAGGCCUGGAUUCCUGUUCCCAUCCUGCUACCCGGGGAGCAGACCUCCACGCGGAUAGAACCAGCAAAGCACAUCUACGCCGCCGUUCCAGAGGUGGAAUCAAUGCCAGGUGUCAUCGACGCAGCGAUAUGGGUCGGAUACGCCUGGGCAGAUGAGCCACGAAGUCGUGCCGCCGUCAUGGCCACCGGCUGGGACAAGGUCGCCGUGGCCAAGGGAGCAGAACGGCUCGCGAGGCUAUUUUGGGACGCACACGCUGAUUUCGAAUUUGUCGCGCCCACGGGGUCCUAUGCAGAGUGUCUCGAUGCCGCAGUCGCAUCUCCAGCCUCACAGAGGCCGUAUUUUAUUUCGGAUUCGGGGGACAAUCCCACGGCCGGGGGCUCCGGGGACGUUACCUGGGGCCUGACGCAGCUCCUCAAGCGUCCCGAGUUCCAGAACGCCGGCUCCAAGUACACGGUUAUCUACGCGAGCGUGCCGGGACCAGAGGCCGUGGCCACCGCGGUAGAGGCAGGUAUCGGCGCGACAGUCACGGUCACGGCCGGAGGCGCAGUCGACGACAUCCACGCGUCGCCGCUUACAAUGACCGGCACAGUCUACGCCAUGAAGUACGGGGACCGGGAUGCUGAGGCCGAGGUUGUGCUGCAGGUUGGUUCCGUCUAUGCUAUUCUUACCAAGUUGCGGAAGCCGUAUCACAAGGAAAGAGACUUUACCGAGUUGAGCCUCAGGCCGAGAGCGGCAGAUGUGGUAAUUGUGAAGAUUGGGUAUCUGGAGCCAGAGCUAUAUGACAUGGCCAAAGGUUGGAUGCUGGCCUUGACUCCUGGUGGCGUCGAUCAGGAUCUGGAGAGACUGGGUCAUCAUAGAAUCCGGAGGCCCAUGUGGCCGUUUGAUAAGGUCUUUGAGAAGGAGCCGGAUUUGAGAGCAAGAUGGAUAUCAGCUUCAAACGAGACUUUGGAGGGGCCUGAUGAGUAG